AUAAUACCCUUUUUUGAAAAAAUAAAAAUAUUGUGUAUUAUUUUUGUCAACUUACUUGCACUUAGUUAUUGAUUCCUAAUUAUUACGUCGUCUUUGGUAAUUGGAUACUAUACAAAUAUACGAAAAUAUAUAUCGGCAAAUAAACAUGCCUCUUAACUUGCAAGGUGUUCGACAAUAUCUUAGUGAGCUAAGGAAUUCCGGUGGUUUACAUAAAGAUCAAGCAGAAAAAUAUAGAAAUGUUUUACUAGAAAUUUUAAAGAACCCUGAGAAUGAACUAGCCGAAUCUUUAAAAAGUUUCGUUGAAGCAAUUGUUAAUGAAAAUGUCAGUUUGGUGAUAUCUCGUCAACUAUUAACAGAUGUGAGCACCCACUUGUCUCUUUUACCAGAUCCAGUAUCUCAAACAGUGUCUCACUUUGCCCUUGAUGUUAUUCAACCAAGGGUAAUUUCUUUUGAGGAGCAGGUAGCAAGUAUCCGACAGCAUCUGGCAGAUAUUUAUGAGCGCAAUCAGAACUGGAAAGAAGCUGCUAAUGUACUGGUGGGCAUACCACUGGAGACGGGACAGAAACAAUAUUCGGUGGACUACAAACUUGAGACAUACCUGAAAAUAGCUCGUCUUUAUUUAGAAGUGGAUGAUCCAGUGCAAGCUGAGGCGUUCGUGAACAGAGCAUCAUUACUACAGGCUGAGACAACCAAUGAACAACUACAAAUAUAUUAUAAAGUUUGCUAUGCACGAGUAUUAGACUAUAGGAGGAAAUUCAUAGAAGCUGCUCAAAGAUACAAUGAAUUAUCAUAUAGGAAUAUUAUCCAUGAAGAUGAGAGAAUGACAUGCUUGCGGAAUGCUCUCAUUUGUACAGUUUUGGCCUCAGCUGGUCAGCAAAGGUCUCGCAUGUUGGCAACACUGUUCAAAGACGAGCGUUGCCAGCAGUUACCCGCUUACUCCAUACUCGAGAAGAUGUACCUGGAUCGCAUCAUACGCAGAUCAGAAUUACACGAGUUUGAAGCUCUCAUGCAGACACAUCAAAAGGCGAGCACACCGGACGGCUCCACGAUCCUGGACCGCGCGGUGUUCGAGCACAACCUGCUGUCGGCGAGCAAGCUGUACAACAACAUCACGUUCGAGGAGCUCGGCGCGCUGCUGGAGACGCCGCCCGCGCGCGCCGAGCGCAUCGCCAGCCACAUGAUCAGCGAGAAGCGGAUGCACGGCCACAUCGACCAGAUCAACUCGAUCGUGCACUUCGAGACACGCGAUAUACUGCCACAGUGGGACAAACAAAUCCAGAGUCUCUGCUACCAAGUAAACAGUCUCAUAGAAAAGAUCGCAGCCGCCGAACCGGAGUGGAUGGCUAAACUUAUGGAAGAAGAAAUGAUUCAGUAGAUUUAUGUUAUUCAUUUUUAAUAAAUAUCUUACGAAACUGAA